GAGAAAAAAAAUCAUAUUAUUACCGUUGCCGCUGCCAUUCUCUGCGGUUUCCACUUCCGUUUCUCUGCAGAGUUCAAAUCCACAGACGAGUAGAUAACAGGCCUCGUACCAAUGGAGAUAAUUGUUCUCAUCUAUGUACAAUGAAUCACUCUCUUCCCUAAUCAAUAUUAAUCAUCUGCACAAUCACUAUCCAAGUCAUUUAUUCAUUUGAGGGGAAGAGAAGAUAAUUACAACAAUGACAAGUCGUGUUACCCCUGGGCAGCUGAUUAUCCCAGAUGAAAAUUUGGGCAUGAACCCAAAAAAAAAAGUUGCUGCUGAUAGAAAGGGAAAAAGUUCUAAAAUAAUUCACAAGAAAGGUGUAGCAGCUGGAUCAGGGCGUAAAGCUUUAAAUGACAUCUCAAAUAAAUCAUCAAUCCUUCAUCAGGAGGUGCCAAUCAGGAAGAAGGAGAGAGCGAAGGAAGAAAUUGAUGUAGCUGGCGAAAGAUUUUUGCAUGAUCAUGAUAAAUGCAUUGAAGCACAAAGACUCCCAGUGCUUGCUUCUUACUUGGAUCUGGUUCUUCCUGGACAUGACUCAUUGCCCAAAGUUGAAAGUCAUGCGUCUGAUCAAGCAAAGAUUAAUAUCGACACCCCGCGAUGUUACUCGGACCCAGAUGAAUUGUUUACGCUCGAGUGUAAUAGUUGGGAAAAGUAUUUGGCUAAACAGCAUUCAGCUCCAUGCUCCCCAAUGCAUUGGGAUUCUUCAUCAGCUUCAUUUUCUUGGCAAUUUGAGGAACCCAACUUUGUUCUUAGGGAUGAAUAAUGAAACUGAUGCUUGGAGAGUAGCUUUUUCCUUGUUUUGGUUGAUUGACUCUCCCAACUAACAUAAUUCUGUUAGCAAUGUGCUUGAACUUGUAAUGUCCACUUGGGUAGUUUUAUAGAGUAGAGACUUUGUAGAAGCAACACAACUCUUGCUUCAGAGACAACUUUGUUGCUUUUAGUAAGUUCAUCUCAAAGUUGAAAAAUAA